AUGGCAAAUGCCCACGCGCUCGUCUCUUUCGCGGCCGACUUUUGCUUCUUUUCCCCCUUUUUUUUUUUUUGUCCCCAGUCGCCGACGUCGUCUUUUUGCGUCUCCCCCGAACACCCCAGAACACCGCAAACCGUGAAACCCCAAAGUCUACUAAUAGAGAAGGCGACGCCGAAUCCCUCCGCGGGAAGAGGAGGAGGAGUCGGCGACGAGAUCGGCGUGGGGAUGAAGAAGUCGUCGUUGGAGCUGGUCCUCGAGGCGCUGCUGCUGCCGCAGCAGGGCGGGGAGGAGCUUCUCCUCCGCCCCUCGUCGGAGAACAAGCCCCACGGCGGCUGCAGAGGCGGCGCCGCCGUACCCUUCGCCAACGUUUGCGGCGGCGGCGGCGGCGGCGGCGGCGGCGAUCUAGGGUUCGGCUUCGGCGCCGAUCGGGAUACGAUAAGCGGGAGCAUCAACAACCAACUUUGGUCUCAUAACCUGAACCCGCGGCAUUCGAGUGUUUCUGCAACUAUCGAAUCCCCAUCCUCUAUCCAUGCGCCGAGUCCAACUUCACCUCACAAACCCAAUGGGAAAGAGAAUCAAGCUCUGGGAGGAACGAGUGGUUCUGAGCAGUCGGAUGACGAAUCACUGGAAGAACUUGGGGCAUGCGAACAGAGUGUGAAUGUUGUUGAUAUAAAGCGCAUGAAAAGGAAGAAGUCCAAUCGGGAGUCAGCGGAACGUUCAAGAAAGAAAAAGCAAGCCCAUUUGGCCGAUCUAGAGUCGCAGGUCGACCGGCUUAGAGGAGAUAAUGCAUCUCUUUAUAAACAUUUGACGGAUGCCAACCAUCAAUUCACUGAUUCCGUCACGGAGAAUCGAAUUCUCAAGUCAGAUGUGGAAGCUUUGAGAGUAAAGGUGAAGAUGGCAGAAGAUAUGGUUACUAGAGGUGCUUUAACAUGUAGCUUAGAUAAUCUCCUCCAAAGCCAUAUAGGAUCCCCGCAGAUUCUAAAUACUCGACUCCCAUGUCGAGCUUCCUCAGAAGUGCUUCCGAACUUGUAUUUUCAAGCAGAUGACACGUGUUAUAUCGGAAUGACAAACGCUGGACAAGUAGACAACACACGGAUGGACAACAACAUCGAGGAAAUGAGGUCUAGACUCGACCAAAACUCGCCGAUCCAAAGCAUCACAAGCUUGGAGAGCUUGAAGAACAGGAUUGCUAGCGAAGUUACAAGCUGCGGUGCCAACAUUUGGCAGUGGGAGGAAGCUCGCUCGGGCACGAUGUAGAGGCAGCUCCAAAUUUCGAUCUGGUAUUAUGUAGGGAGUUCAAAAUUUAAACUGCUGUCGCCGCACUUGGACAAUGAUGGUCUCCGUAUUUUACUUUCAUUGUCUAGAGGAUUCUCUGUUCUUGUCCAGCUGUAAGAACUUAGAAGACUGUAAGGGCUUGUUUGCUUAGGUGGAGUUUCAGGUUUAUUUGAGCAGAGUUGUUUGAAUUCAUUAGAAAACUCUUAGCUUUAUAUGUCGCUGAGCUCCUAUUAUUUGCUUCUCAAUCAGAAAAGCUGUUGCAGAAGCGCGAGUCGAAUUAGAUCACUGCAAUUGGGUGGUUGCCUCUGUGCCCAUUUUAGUUUAGUACUUUAAUUAUCUUUACUGAAGCGGUGAGCAAAAAAAAAAUGUUUUAAGUUUUUAAUGUUGCCAAAAAUUGACAGAAUUAUGUUUCACAACGAAAGUUCUA